AUGCUCUUUAAGUCGACCUUUGCCACGCUCGCGCUCGCCGCCGUUGGUGCUGUGCAGGCCUUGCCUCACGAGAAGCGCGCUGCCUGCUCGAGCUACGUCAUCAUCGACACCCGUGGCACUGGUGAGGCCCAGGGCCCUUCGUCUGGGUUCCGAACCAUGAACUCACGCAUCCGCUCCACGGUCUCCGGUGGCUCCGAGUACGACACGGUCUACCCUGCCGACUUUUCGCAGAACUCGGCCUCGGGCACCGCUGACAUUGUUCGCAAGGUGCAGAAUACGCUCGCCACCAACCCCUCCACUUGUUUCAUCCUCGAGGGCUAUUCCCAAGGUGCCGCCGCCACCGUCGACGCCAUGUCCAAGCUCACCGGCGCCAACUUCGACGCUGUCAAGGGUGUGAUCCUUAUCGGUAACCCCGAGCACAAGCCCAACCUCUCCUGUAACGUCGACGCCAACGGCGGAAAGACGACCUACACUUCGACCGGUAUCUCAAGCUUCAAGGGUGGUAUUCCCUCCUCUUGGGUUUCCAAGACUCUUGACAUUUGCAUCUACGGCGAUGGUGUCUGUGACAGCCAGCACGGUUACGGCAUUACUGCUCAGCACCUCCAGUACCCUAACAACGCUAACGUCCAGACCAUGGGUGCUAACUUUGCCAUCAAGGCUCUCCAGGGUUCCUCGUAA